GAUGAUGCGAUGAUGAUUGAGAGAAAUCUUUUCCCAUUUCCUUUGAAUCUUGAGGAAAAACCAAGUUUUGAUCUCCCAGCGUUUGUUUAUUAAAUUCAAUUUGAGCAUUUGGCGACCACACAAGACAAGUUUUAAAGUUCCAGCACGUGAGCGCACGUCCAACUUCUGUAGCAUUUGGAGCUUACAUAGAGGGAAGCGCUUCGUCUUAGUGCGUUCAGUUUGUCAGGAGAAGGCCAAUAUCUUGCUUGUAUCUCAGCUCUCUUCACGCGCAUCAGAUAACACACUAUGAUACACUGCCUUCAGGAAUCCUACUUAUAACGGUUGCAAACCAAACCAAGGACAAUAUGUAGUGAAUUUUUUUCCAUUGCGGAAUAAAUAAAAUAUAAUCUGUGAAUUGUCUGAUACAAUGACUAUCCACGGUUCUGCGAGGGGACAAAAUUAUCCACGUGGGGCUAGUGUUUCUUCUUAUUCCAGCACGGGUUCAGGGAUGGAACAAACGACACCCCUCCUCCUGGAGCCCAACGAUUUCAGUGGCGGAUCACAUUCGAGAUCUAAUAGUGUAAGAGAGCAAAGGGGUACACGAGGAACUGACGCCUCGAGCGGACUUCUUCCUCCUACACCUGGUGUUAUUAGAGGCGGAUCAUUUAGAGAACCCGGGGAGUUAAGACAAAAAGCGGAAAAGUAUAGGAAUCGAGGAAUCGGUCCUCAGGUGUGUGAUGAGAACCGUGGGGGAGCGUCCGGGAGUUCCCCCGAUCUACUGUCAGUGUCAUGUGAGGACAUUGGUCGUGGAAAACCGGAUGCAAACCUUCGCAGGGUCCGAUCAUUUAAGACAACAUCAAAAGGCGUGGUGAACAGAGGGGACUCUUUUCGGAAAAAGGGGGGAAGGUGUAGUGGGUACGGGAAAGAGAGCCCACCCCGUGGCCUAACGCCCAACGUCAGCCCACACUUGUCCGCAAGUCCGCGGUUAACUCCCAGACCCCCCUUGGAAGUUGACAAUAACCCCUCUUACUUUAAAAUAGUGGCUCUAGGACCUCCCGGUGUCGGGAAAACGGCAAUCACCAAUCAGUUCAUGACCUCCGAGUACAUUGCAUUCGACUCUUCCUUGGAUCAAGGAGAACACGAGAAAACAAUCUGUGUAUUACUGAAUGGAGUUGAGUCCACUAUAGAAGUUCUUGACGGCGCGGAUAUACAGGGUAGUUUAGAGGACAUUCGGGCUGAUGCUUUCCUAGUGAUAUUUUCUAUCGCACAUCGAGAUACGUUCGAUGCCGCGGUACAGCUCCUCCAGGAAUUGCGCAUGGACCUUGGGACCGACAGGACCACCAUUCUAGUUGGGAACAAAUCCGACCUGGUCAGGAAACGCAAGGUUACAACUGAAGAAGCACUGGAAAUGGCCCAUCAGUUUGAUGCUAAGUACACCGAAACAUCAGCCGCACUGAACCAUAACGUGGACGAGCUAUUGGUGGGGACUAUUGAUCAUAUCCGUUACAAGUUAAAUCCGUCCUUACCGGAACCGGUUCUGAAAUUAGACACCCGGAAAUCACAUUCACUGCGUGUUCCAUCUUUUAUAGGUCCAUUUGAAUUUCUCAGUAGGCUCUUUAGACGAGGUAACAAAAAAUCAAAGAAGUUCUAAAUUUGGUUUUCAACAGAACAGAGAUAUGUUAAUCAAAAGCAUCGUCAUUUUUUGUCAAAGCACAGACGUUUUGUUAAUUUGUUUGCAUUCA